AUGGGAGAAGGCGGCGGCCGUAGCUUUGGGACCACUAGGGAGCUGCAGAGGCUGAAGCAGCAGGCGAUGGAGUACUAUCGGGAGAACGACGUCCCGCGCAGGCUGGAAGAGCUGCUCAACUCCACCUUCUACCUCCAGCCUGCCGACGUCUACGGGCACCUGGCAAACUGCUUUUCUAAACUUGCAAAGCCUCCCACCAUAUGCAAAGUAGUGGGAAAGAAUGUAUUGGAUGGACUGGGGCUUCCAACCCUACAAGUGGAAAUAUUCUGCACCAUUCAAAAUUUCCCCAAGAGCAUAUGUUCAGUGGUGAUCUCAACGCAUUUUGAAGUCCACGAGAAUGUUCUGCCGGAGCUGGCGGACGCAGAGCAAGAGGCAAGGUCGGAGGCAGUCCGCACUGCGGUGCAGUGGGUCAACGAAACCAUCACCGAGGAGCUUCGGGGCCUGACGCCCUCCGACCAGGCUGAGGUGGACCAGGUGCUCAGGACAUUCUUUGGAAAUAAAGCACAAGAAGACAAAGAGAGGAGAGAACUGGAAAAGAGCCUGGAAGACGCAAGAGUGUCCAUCCCUUCACCUGUACCACUACCGCCACCUCCUCCACCCCCAGCCAAAAAAAGGGGACAAAAGCAAGGGAGGAACGAUACUUUUACAGAGAAACCUGUUGUGCCUCCAGAACCCGUUGAACCUGUACUGAAUGGGAGCAUGGCCAUAGGGGCUGUGUCACUCGCUGUGGCCAAAACCAGGGCCAUCCUAGACAAUAACCCCCUCUACUUAAAUAUUGCAUUACUGAAGCACCGUCAGGAACAGCCCACAAAGCUCACCUUACCUUUGCCAAUGGUGUCUCUGGUCAGCUGCGGGAAGUCAUCACCUGGGAAGCUGAAUUUAAUGAAAGAAGUGAUAUGUAUACCCCAUCCUGGAUUAACAGCUAAACAAGGUGUGGAGAUGCUUCUGGAAAUUCAGAAACAUAUCAACAAAACAACUGAAAUGCCGCCGCCUCCAAAAACAGAGACCAAAAAAGGGCAUAACGGAAGCAAAAGAGGUCAACAGCCCAUCAUGGGCAAGAUGUCGCAUCUUGGCUGUUUGAUCAUUAAUUACGACACCAUAGAGCAACCGCUGGUCCUAAUUCAAGGCAUCUGUGCGAACCUGGGGCUGGACCUGGGGACAAACCUGCACCUAGCCAUCAACUGUGCUGCCCAUGAGCUGAUGGAUUAUAGUAGAGGAAAGUAUGAAGUGAUGCUGGGAACAUACAAAAACGCAGCGGAGAUGGUGGACCUAUAUGUGGAUCUGAUCAACAGGUUCCCUGCAAUUAUCGCCUUAAUCGAUCCUUUCAGGAAGGAGGACUCUGAACAGUGGGACAGCAUCUGUAAUGCUCUUGGUUCCAGGUGUUACAUCAUUGCAGGAGCUGCAUCCAAAAGCAUUUCUAAACUUCUAGAGGGUGGGGACAUCAGCACCCCCAAAUCCAGUGGGCUGAUCAUCAAACAUACCAACCAAACUACGAUCUCUGACUUGGUGGAAAUAACCAGUCUUCUUGACAGUAAGCAGCGCGUCACGGUCUUCGGAAGCGCGGAAGGGGAGUCGCCUGAUGACAGCUUGGUCGAUCUGGCCAUCGGACUCGGUGUCCGGUUUAUCAAGUUGGGAGGUCUUUCUCGCGGCGAGCGGGUGACUAAGUACAACCGCCUCUUCACUAUAGAGGAAGAACUGCUCCAGAGUGGAACACUGGGUUUCAAUGAAGAACACAUAUUUUUUCCCUUGAAUGAUGAAGCUGAAAAGGGGACCAAGGCACCUGAGGCUGUGGCUACCGUGGCUGGCGAGCCAGCCGAGCUCCCGGAGCCCAUCUUCCCCACAGAAGUGAUGGAGGCGUCGGCCAAAGCAUGAGUGUCUCCUGGAUGGGGCUGUGGACACCCCGCCUUUCGGCCACACU